AUGGAGCAGCUGUACAUGCCAUGGACCGACGUGUUCGACGUCGCGCUCAUGAAGAAGACCGUCAUAAUGUUUCGAAUGCUGGACGACGAAUGGACAACGUUGUCGCCGAACCGACGGGACUAUCGUUCGUACCGGGGCUCGAAUUACGAGAACGAGCAGUUCCACGGUGGCAGAUCGGUGCUGUUCUCCGUGCCAGAGGCCAUGCUCCGCAGCAGAAUGUCCGGCGUGGAUCUGCAACUGUACGUGUACAAAGGGGUGUCCAAGUAUUUCGAGAUGGAGCCACGGCGAAACUUCGGGUUCACUCUCGUCAGAGUGGACGAUCUGUUUAACGGCGUUAUCAAGGACCUCUGCGAACGGCGGCAGCUCGAGGGUUAUUUUUCUGCCGGUCUGCAGCGCGAACCUAUAUCAAGGUCGACGCGUGGCACGUUUGCUCUGCUCGACGAGGAUUUGCAGAAGACCGACGCCACCAUAGAGCUCUACGUACGCAUCAGUUACUUGGGCAACUGUAUCAUAACCGAGAUCCACUCGCCUGUCGGCAUAGAAAAGGCGUUCUACGCACGCGAGGAAACCGACGAUCGUUACCGGUAUCAAUUUCGGCAACUCACCACCAUGGACCUCGAGUCGUUCUGCUGGGGUAGCUUGACGAUCAUCCCGCCCCUUUGUCCCGACAAGUUGAUCUGUCGAUGCAAAGCUAAAGAAAGACAUCUCGAGAGAGAGGCACAGACGACGCAGACGAGAAAGUGUAAAACACGCAAGCGCGACGAUUUCCGGAGCAAAUUGGCUCGCGUACAACAACUAUUGGCUCUAAUGAAAGAGACGAGGAAGAAUCGUCCGGACAUCGUGCCGUCCGCAGAAACGAGGAAGAAAGUUUGUCUACCGUCGCCGCCGCCGCCGCCGCCGCCGUGUGUCUGCCCCACAAUGUGUCCACCUGUCUGCGUUUACACUAUGCCCUCCGUUUGUCCCUAUCGGCCGACGACCGUUUACUGUCCACCGUGA